CCUUAUAUAGCGCGGGGUCCUCUGCGGCCUGGGUGGCUUCUGCCCGUGCUGCUGUCGUAGACGCGGGCGGCUGUUAGUGCGGCGGCUGUUGGUUCGCGGCGGCAGCGGCGGCGGAGGCUGAGGGCGAGGCGACGGGGAGAAGCGGCGGCGGGCGCGGCAGCGACGGCGGUGCCCGGGGCCCGCGGCGGCGGCGGCGGCGGCAGCGAAGGGGGCGAAGAUGGCGGACGUGCUCAGCGUCCUGCGACAGUACAACAUCCAGAAGAAGGAGAUCGUGGUCAAGGGAGACGAAGUCAUCUUCGGGGAGUUCUCCUGGCCCAAGAACGUGAAGACCAACUAUGUAGUUUGGGGGACUGGAAAGGAAGGCCAACCCAGAGAAUACUACACAUUGGAUUCUAUCUUAUUUCUACUUAAUAAUGUACACCUUUCUCAUCCUGUUUAUGUCCGACGUGCAGCUACUGAAAAUAUUCCUGUGGUUAGAAGACCUGACCGAAAAGAUCUACUUGGAUAUCUCAAUGGGGAAGCAUCAACAUCAGCCAGCAUCGAUAGGAGUGCACCCCUGGAAAUAGGCCUUCAGCGGUCCACUCAAGUCAAAAGAGCUGCAGAUGAAGUUUUAGCAGAAGCAAAGAAACCACGAAUUGAGGAUGAAGAGUGUGUGCGUCUUGAUAAAGAGAGAUUGGCAGCUCGUUUGGAAGGCCAUAAAGAAGGAAUUGUACAGACUGAACAGAUUAGGUCUUUGUCUGAAGCCAUGUCAGUGGAAAAAAUUGCUGCAAUCAAAGCCAAAAUUAUGGCUAAGAAAAGAUCUACUAUCAAGACUGAUCUAGAUGAUGAUAUAACUGCCCUUAAACAGAGGAGUUUUGUGGAUGCUGAGGUAGAUGUGACCAGAGAUAUUGUCAGCAGAGAGAGAGUGUGGAGAACAAGGACAACUAUCUUACAAAGCACAGGAAAGAAUUUUUCCAAGAACAUUUUUGCAAUUCUUCAAUCUGUAAAAGCAAGAGAAGAAGGGCGUGCCCCUGAACAGCGGCCUGCUCCAAAUACAGCCCCUGUGGAUCCUACUUUGCGUACAAAGCAGCCUAUCCCAGCGGCCUACAACAGAUAUGACCAGGAGAGAUUCAAAGGCAAAGAAGAAACGGAAGGCUUUAAGAUUGAUACUAUGGGCACAUACCAUGGCAUGACACUGAAAUCUGUAACGGAAGGUGCAUCUGCCCGUAAGACUCAAACUCCUGCAGCCCAGCCUGUACCUAGACCAGUUUCUCAAGCAAGACCGCCCCCAAAUCAGAAGAAAGGAUCACGAACGCCCAUUAUUAUUAUCCCUGCAGCUACCACUUCUUUAAUAACUAUGCUUAAUGCAAAAGACCUUCUACAGGAUCUAAAGUUUGUCCCAUCAGAUGAAAAGAAGAAACAAGGUUGUCAACGAGAAAAUGAAACACUAAUACAGAGAAGAAAAGAUCAGAUGCAACCAGGGGGCACAGCAAUUAGUGUCACGGUACCUUAUAGAGUAGUAGACCAGCCCCUGAAACUUAUGCCUCAAGACUGGGAUCGGGUUGUAGCUGUUUUUGUUCAAGGUCCUGCUUGGCAGUUCAAAGGUUGGCCAUGGCUUCUACCCGAUGGAUCACCAGUUGACAUAUUUGCUAAAAUUAAAGCCUUCCACCUCAAGUAUGAUGAAGUUCGUCUAGAUCCAAAUGUUCAAAAAUGGGAUGUAACAGUAUUAGAACUCAGCUAUCAUAAGCGUCAUUUGGAUCGACCAGUUUUCUUACGUUUCUGGGAAACAUUGGAUAGAUACAUGGUAAAGCAUAAAGCCCACUUGAGAUUCUGAAUCAUUUGAUUCCUUCUUUUCUGAAAACUUGGUUUAAGAAGCAUGGAUAUAGCUUGAUCUACAGACUGAAACCCAAGCUUUAUGAAUUCAUCAAGAACUUGCAAAUGAAGAAGGCCACAGAGCAGUCUUUUAUGAGACCUUGUUUGAUGCUAUGUGCUUCAAAGGGCAUUUCCUCCCAUCCAUACAAGCAAACUUUUUUGGCUUACAACUAUUUUUUUAAUAUUAGCCUUCUAGUCUGUAAUGGAAAUUGUAUAUUUUGAUAGAAGCUUUUUCUCUAUUGGUUAAAUUAGCAUUACUUAAAAUUUGUUUCUUUAGAAAUAAAUGCAGGUUAUAAAUGUGUGUAUAUUUAGAAGUUAUUAGGCUCUCUAAGCCAUCUUGCUUCUGAUUUUUCAUUGCUCUAUGAUUCCUUUUACUGGAAAAUAAUCUUAUGAAUGGUUUUAAAUUUUAGAGUCUAGAACUUCAAAACCCCACCAAAGGGAAGUAAUUAUUAAAUCAGUUGAAAGUCAGCCUGUGUCUAUACUAUGUCUAUACUAACUCAUGUUUAAAAAGGAAUAAUGAAAAAUCAAGAACAAGUCUUCAGUUUCUUUUGAACUCAGCCUUUUCAAGAUUUCUUUUGUAAAUGAAUACAUUUAAUGAAUGUACAUUCUCUUUGUUGACUUUGAUGAUUUUAAAUUUAAAGUGAUAUAUUUCUAUCUGGGAUAUGUUUCCACUUGAAAAGAAAUCUCAAAAAAAAAAACAAAACAAAGAUUAAAGUGUAAAAAGCUGUAGUGACUUUUACUUGGGAAACUAAAGUAUGAUUUGGGGGACUGAGUACGUAUCAACCUAGUUACAGUGUAACUUGAACUUCUAAGUUUGAUUCUUAUAUGCUAUAGGAUUUUUGAGUCUUCUAUUUGUACACAUGUCAACUUGGGACUUCUUCCAUUAUCUCUAAAUAUUGAUAAAUUCCCAGGCACCAAAGAACACAUUUGCUUACGUGUCUGAACAGAAACAAGAUAAAAAAAAAACAACACUGGUAUUUUUAUGUGUGUUCAAUGUGGUAUAAAAUAUAAAACCUAUAUUUUAACUUAGUAAAGUAUUUUACUAUUUCUCUACUUUAGACAGAGUGUUGCAUCUAAGCUGCAAUGAAUAACCAUGCUCCUUAGUCCUGGUUUAUCUUUUACUAUUUAAAAGGAGUGUUUAUUCAUUGAAACCGAGUUUUUGUCAUUAGAGCUGUUGACCAUCCCAUCUUGUGUCUUGUUUUCCUCAGUGGCUAUCUUUAGGUUAUCAAAUUGGGGGAUGUGGGGAGAACAGUAAGACAUUUAGCUUUUUCUUUCAUUCUUGUGAGGAUACUUAGCCUCUUUAGAAUUUAAUGCUAUCAUAAAGAUGAGAAACAAGUAUUAUUUAUUUUAUUAACUUACUAUAAAAACCCAUUAUCAGUAAAAACAGAAAAGAUAUUUAUUCAGGUGGAAUUCAGUGGGCUUUCCAGAAGAGAAGCAGCUAAUGUUUUAAAUGACUUUAAUACAUUUUUAGUGUUAGUAGGUUUUCCCUACAAUUUCCCAUUCUCCUGCAUCCUCUUCUUUCUGGUAAAAGAAAACUCACUUUAUUCACAGAAUUUCUCAGCAUAUAAAUCUAUUCUUAAAUUAUGUAUUGAAUAAACUUUUAUCCACAAUAAAAUAGUCAGUGAGUCAAACCUGUAAUACUUUAAUGUAAAUUACUUGUUAAGACUACUGCAAAGUGGACAUGAACUACUUACUACCUUUCCAUAAAGAGAUUUGGUAUUUAUUCUUACUAUCUGAAAUUUACUUGAUAACAGAAUAUGAUUAAAAUUGAUAUCUACGUUGAACAUGGUUUAUUUUUCUAUUUUAAAUUUGCUUUGUGUAUAGUCAAAGGUUUCUGGGUAUACUCUGUAACUUAGUAAACCUGGGACUAUGCUUUUCAUGUAUCUUGAAAUCAGAUCCUUUUUGUGCACUGGGAAUUUUUUUUUGUCGUUUUAUUUUUUAAGAUUUAAAAAAAAUUCAAGGUGGCAGCUUAAUGAGUUCCAUGAUAGCAUUCCGGUUGUACAUGCCAUUUUACUUGUUCUCUUCUCACCCACCGCUGUCCUCCCCAGCCCUCUUGCCUCCAGUUCCCUGUUUGCUUUCCUAUUACAUAUAUUCUUUCUUUCUCAUUUUUCCUUACCCUUCCCUAAGAACUCUUCUUCCUUCUGUAUCAUAGUCUCCUUUCUUUCAUUACCUACACAUAAACAUGCAUAUACAUUUUAGAUGUUUUUAAUCUGAACAUUUUCGUUCCCUAAGUAAGUUUAUGAAAUUUUAUAGUGAUUAAUUAUAAAAAUAAAGGGGAAAAGUAAAUUAUAAAGAUCCACUAUGCUCAGCCAAUCGUUCAUUUUUCUCCUGUGACUCAGUUCUACAGCAGCACCUAACACAGUGCCUUGCACAUGUAGGCAUUCAGUAGUUAUUUCUGUGUGUAAAUGGAUGAUGUGUUUUCAACAUAAGUGAUUCAGUCCAUAAAAAUAGUUUUGACCUUAUUUGAUCUUAGAAUUUAAGAAUAAAGAAUUGUAAGCAGUGAGAAGAAAUGAAUAGUUUCAAGAAAAUGAGUAUACAUUAAUAAGUUUAGUUUAUCUGUAAGUUGCUAACUGAGGUACUUUUGCCAGCCUUACUUGUAAAAGGAAGGUUCUCUGUUAUUUGGAGUCUUGGUGCUAAGUAACAGUAAGAAAAAAAAAAGUCAUUUUUAAUCAGAAGCUCAUCAUUUAAGGAGAUUUGAAAAAUACAUCUGAAUCCUUACUCUUUUUUUUCUGGGAUAAACUCAAUUGUCACUAAUUUUUAAAAGUUUUCCAGAUAAGUGUGAAGUGUGUGUGUGUGUGUGUGUGUGUGUGUGUGUGUGUGUGAGAGAGAGAGAGAGAGAGAGAGAGAGAGAGAGAGGAGUGAGAUUCACCCACUUAAAGUGUUAUUGGAAGUAAUACCAGUAUUAAAUGUUGUGUUUCCCCCCUCCUUUUUUCUCUUCAUCUGUGUAUGUUUUGAGUGUAUAUGUAUGUAUGUUUUGAGGCCACUCUUUGCACUAGACCAUCUCUCAUUAGUAUUUUGGCCUAUAUCCCCAAAUGACAAAUUCAAAUCUUAUUUAUUUAAUAUACAAGGAGUAUUUUGCUGUUUAAUAUUUAAACAUUUAAUAUAUUUCAUUAUUAAUUAGUAUAAUUUGUGGUUUGUUUCCUGUUUGCUUAUUACUUGACUAUUCUUUAGCAGCAGCAGAACAGCAGUUUAUACAGGAAGAACUAAUUCAUGAUGAGGAAAAUCUCAAAUAUUUAAGUUCAAAGAACUAUUCACUUCUUUGCUAUGCAGAGUAAGAUAUAAUUCAAUUAUGAAAAGAAAGGCAUAGUUUGAGUUAGUCUACACAAAAAGGUUCUCACCUAAAUGAAAAUCCACUAUCUAAUAAAUAUUGAAGAAACAUUUCCUAAAUAAAAAUGCCUGUGACUUCUUAACGCAAAGCGAUGACAGUGUUCUUUGUUUGUUCGUUUGUUUUGGGAAGGGAUUAUUUAUUGCACUGAUGAGCUAUGCAAAAUUAUUUGACAUUUUAAAGUUUUUUUUUUUACAAAAUUAUAAAUACAGUAGUUACUAAAGCUGGUUAGAAUCAUUUAGAAAGUGGCUUUAAUCUUUGUGGGUUUUUGUUUGUUUUGUUGUUUGUUUGUUUGUUGUCUUAAGAAGCCCAGAACCAUGUGCAUUUUAGGCAAGCACUUCUCCCAGUGAGUUAGUUACACUCCAAAACAUAGAUUGUGAAAUUGUUUAAAUGCAAAAUUAUAGUUAAACUAGAGAAAAUUUAUUUUUAAUCCCCCACUCCAGGGAAAUUUUUUGAAGCAUGUGUGUGAAUGCACAUACAUGCAUACACACACAAGUCAAAAGAUUUAUUAUUCUGUCUAACUUAAAUUCAUAUAGAAUGUUGAGAAAAUUAUUAGAUAAAAUCUAUAGAAGUUUCUUUUUAACUGAAAAGCUGGUGCCUGCUGUUUUUCCAGUAAAUGAAGUUUAAAUUUAAUUGUGUUCACUUUGAAAUUACUGGACUGAAUUUCCAUUAUCCACUUUCAUAUGAUGAUUUUUAUCAUUUAUAAUGGAGAAUUGAUUAACCUUGACUUAGACAAUUUGAUUAGGGACUUUAAAGUAGGUCCUAAAUUUUUUGAUGUAUUCCUGGCCAUGUUUAGAAGUAUGUAUUGUCCCUACCGUAGUUUCUGCGCUAACAUGUUGGCAGAACAACUAAGGAAAAAUUGAAAAUGUACAAAUGAAUGUAUAAAGAAUUCCUUUUAGUAAGUAUAGGUUAAUAAUGCUUUCAGGCCAUUGAUGUGUUUGGUAUUGUGUGUAUUUUAGGAACUGUUCAUAAGGCUAUCUUGGAAGUUAUAAAUUGCCAUAUACUGAAACGCAGUAAGCAUUUUUAUAUGAAUAAAGUUUGUGAACUACAACCAGAUUUGUGCCAAAAUUUAAAGGUUGGAUUACAGUAUGUCAAAAGUAAGCUAAUAAUCGUUUCAAGUAUUUUGUGUGCUGUUGCAUUUUGUUUCUAUUUUAAAUGUAAGUAAAGCUACUCAACCUCCAACCCCAGUUAUAGUUCUUGAUAGGUGACUUAGUCCCUUUUAUGGUAAUGGCCUCUGUCACUGGUUGCUUAAUCAUCAACUAGUGUUGUUUGUGAAGCAAAGUAACUCCUGAAUAGAGCUUCAUUUGAGGUCUCCAUUACCUGGUGAAAUAUUCUCAUUUUCAUUCCAUUUUUCUUAGCUUUAAAUUGUGGACUUUAUUUUACACGAAACAUUUUGCUGUUAAAAAUCUUGGAGAUAGCCAGGUGGUGGUGGUGCAUGCCUUUAAUCCCAGUUCUUGGGAAGCAGACGGCAGGUAACAGGUCUCUGUGAGUUAGAGACCAGACUGGUGGUCUACAGGAGCAAGUUCCAGGACAGGCUUCAAAGCUAUAUAUAGAAACCCUAUCUCCACUCCCCCCUCACCCCCCACCAAAAAAAAAAAAAGAUCUUGGGUAUAUCCACCUUCCCUUAAUUCCCCCAAAAGGCCCUGAACAAAACACAACAAACGAAAUGUGAAUGUAUGUGUGUGUGUUUAUACAUAUGUACAUGCGCGCGCGCACACACACACACACACACACACACACGUGUGUGUUUGUGUAUAUACAUACACAGGUAUACAGUGCAUACCUACCAAGAAGGCAGAAAGUAUUGUGAGUUUGAGAUGUUUUCUUUAUUAAAAUGAUGUAUGAGAUGUGUAGACAUAGUCUUUUUGUUUAGAAAAUAAAGCUGUUUACUUUUUGGAAUUAAUGAGUUAAAUCCAGGUAGUCUUUUUUUUUUCCUCUGAGUUAAUAAGUUAAAUAAUUUCUAGGAUUAGAGUUCUUCGUAAAGUUAUCAGGUUUCAUUGACCUACUGAAUUUACAGUUGAAGUAUAUCAAAUUUCUUGUUAUUGUAAUAGUAUUAAAAGUAUAUUCCAAUAUUUUACAUAUAAAUAUUCUGAUUUUGACAUUUUAUAAAUACCAAACCACCUUUCUAUAUAAUCAAAUACAAUUGAAUCAUUAACAACAUUAUCUUAUUGGCAACACCAGUAAUAAUAUGUGAAUCUGAUGUGACAGUUUUUUAAUAAAGGAUUUAAUGGGCCAUUCCAAAUCUCAUUUUCAUUCUUUUCACAAGUGCUCAAUAAAUAUCAACUUUGUUCUUCUGUUCCUUUCAAUCAUCUGCUCUUAGAUCCAUGUCUGUGAACUAAAAGCGAAUGUGCUGUUGGUUAUUAACAUGACUCAGAUGUACAUGUUAAUAGCACAUUACCAGGUAAGGGUUUUCUUUCUCAUUUUCUGAAAAAAGUUUCUCUUUAAAAAUUUACUUACAUAGUGGUUGGCAUUUUGUGUGAAUUGGAAGACUUAAUAGCUGUUUUUUUUUUAAUGACUAGAAAGCCUAAUCAAGUAGCUCUGUAGUCUGUCUUAUAGUAGAUCCUUUGUUCCAUAAUUUAUACUUUAUAUUUCAUCCUUAUAAAGAAUACUGAAUUAAUAAAUAGAGCUGAGGUCACACUGAACCUGGAGCCAUCUGAGAAAUUCUGUUAUUAUAUUUUUAUAUUUUAUUGGAUUCUGCUUUCUUUGCUAACAAAUUCCUGGGAGAUACACACCAGGUUAUUUAUUGACUGUGGUGAAACAAGGUUGUGUAUUCUUACAUAACUGCCUUCCUAGAGUUAACAGACUAAAUGUGAUGGCAUUUUCUUUUUUAAAUUGGCAGGUAAUGUAAACAUCCUUUGAAAUGGAGCGAUUUGAAAGAUUUUUAUCAGGACUCUAAUUACUGGGAAAUAGAAAAGUGAGCUUUAUGGCUCAUGAAAUAGUUUUAGCACAGUUUACCAUCAUCAAUAUUGAUGGUGGUUUUGACUGAAACAGUUUGAAAAUGCCUUUGUAAUUAAUAACCCAUUACAGAAACAAAUGUAGAGCCAUGAAUAAAAUAUUUGAGGUUUAAAAUAGUUCAAGGAUAAAGUUGACAUUGGACCUUGAAGGGAAAAAUUAUUUGAGAAUCUUUACUUGAAAAGGAAAUAUGGCAGAAUGUGAAUUUGGGAGUUAGGCAGACUUCUGAUGUGAUAUUUCUCCAGAAACAUUGAAUUGCUUAUUUUAUUAUUAUUUAUUUAUUUAUUUUAUUUUAUUUUAUUUUUGGUAGAAGUAGCAGCAGACCAGGGAUUUGGAGACAUUUGCUAGGUGAUAUGUGUUCACAGCAGGUGGAAUCCGAGUUACACAAAGAGUAAGUCAAGGAAAAGGAUUAGUGGAGAUGAGAGGGUUCCUCUACACUAGAAGCUUCACUCAAGUUGGGCUUGAGAGAUGAGAAAGGGAGAUUGUGUGCGAUGUGUAAAUUCAAAAUUUUUUUUAAAGUGCGAGUACCCAGGUUGUUUUUUAAUGCAUCUUAUUUUAUGAAGGCUAACUUGAGUUGUGAGCUGACUGCUGGGUACUAAAAAAAAAGCAUCCUUGAAUAUACUGAUGGUAGGAAAGAGCAUUAUAUUAAUGGAGAACUUUUCUCUGGGGAAGUUUUAUAGACUUUGAAUAAGAACUGUUCAGAUGUUACCAACUUUCUUUUCCUACAUGCAGUUAGUUACAUGUUCUUCUGGUUCUUACCGUUCUUGUGUCUCUUUGCUUGUUAGCGUGAGGUGCUAUGCUUUAUAUUUUUGGUGUCUUUUUUUUUCUUCCAUUUCUUCCUCCCUCACUUUCCUACCAAUUCCUUGAUUAUGCAACUGAAACUCGGCACUAUUCCAUUGUCUUCACUCAGAAGUGGCCUUAUCCUUUUCUUGAUAGAGGAAACAGAAGCCAUGAACUUCAUGCUACUGUAUGGUUUAAGCCUUGAAUCUACAUUUGAGCAUCUUUUCUUCCUAGUGGUCUAGUGUCCUGUUGCUUAUUAGGGUCUUGUAUUUCUCUACAACUUCUCUGUUGUAGUAUUUGCUAUACUAUUCUCUCAUCUAUUCAUCUUGUCACCCUGUAAUUACAUCCUUGAGCACAUAUUUUUAAUGUUUGUCUUAAACACCAGUGGUGUUCUGGGAGAAGGCUUGAUUACUUGUAACCCGCGUCCCUCUUUCUCUUCUAGUGAUCGUUCCUAAUCUCUAGGUAAGUGUCUGUGACACUAAACAGGACACGUAGUUUACACUCUGUUCUGUCUACCAGAAUAUGGAAUGGGCUCUGAACUCAUGAGUCUUUCAUUCAAAGAUCAUAGAGGAAAAGUGGUGGUGUCCACAUUUAUGCUGCCAAGACGACUACCUUCAGGUGUUGUUUAUGGGUCUCAUGAUGAGCUCACUUUCAUUGAGCUUGAAAAGGGCAAGUCUUUAGUGGGGAAAGUGGAGAUUUCCUUAUGUUUGAAUUGACAGAUUUCUGAUUAACAAGCUAUCAGCCGCCAGAAAUAGAGGUAAUUGAGUUCUUGCCUGUGAUCAUUGCUGAUUAGAUCAAUAGACAAAGGAAAGUAUACAAGCUAAAGAAAAUAUCAUCUCUAGUGAGAACACUCAGGAGUACUGCCUCAUUGGUAGAGAUGAAAGAAUUUGAAUUUUCAAAAGUUAUCUGACACAAUUUUUAGACUGUGCUUUCUAUAAAGCAAAAUAAAACCCUGAAAGUACUAGCAAAGAAAGGAGUGGCCAAAUUGGUACAAGAUUAAUAAUUUGCUAAGAGACAAACAGAAUAUUGAGUGUGACUAAGAAGAGCCAGUAAAAGCAAGAAAUAUUAGGCACAAUUUGUAAAUAUUGGGAAAUUCCAAUAGUUGAAAAAACUGACUGCCAGGCAACACUGGGGGAAAAUAUAGUUCUAGGUAGAUAUUUCAUUUGGGUAAUUAUUGUUAAAUUUGUGCCAAUGGCAAACUGUUAAUGAACAAAAACACUAGUCACACUCCCACUGAAAGAGAUAGACAAUACACAUCUGUUUUCAAUGGUCACAAAUGAUAACAGGAAAAAAAUGAAGCAGAGGAAAUAUUUGGAAUAAAGUGGAGUUCACCAUUUUACAGCACUAAGAAUCAAAACCAGGGCUCUGCACACUCUAUUGUUUUGUCAUUGAGCUACAUCCUUGGCUCAAUUUAUCAUUUUAUUUGGAUGGACCGACACAAAUAAAAUGACUUGUGCAGUAGGUGAACAUAGCCUUAUGAAUAUAUGGGAAGAAAGCACUCCAAUAAAGAAGAGAUCCAAAGCCAUGGAUGAGCUAGGAUCAUAUUUUUGAGAACUGACAAGGAGGUCACUGGGCUGGUGAAGGAGCAGGAAUUGAAGUACGAGAGCAGUUGCACUAGGAAACAAGAUUCUGUGAUGUCUUAUGGACCCAGUGAGACCACUGACUCUGGCUUCUCUUUGUUUAAUGCAGAAGCUGUUGGAGAGGUUUUGAGAGGAAAGCUCUUAUAUUUAAGUGAUAUAAGAGUCACUGAUGGAUUAAAAAAUAGACUGUUUAGUUAAAAAGGGAAACACAGGAAGAGAAGCUCUUUUGUUUCUGCAGUAAUUUAGACAGGUAAUAAAGACAUAGGCUCCUAUGUUACUGGUGGAAAAGUGAUAAGUGGGCAGAUUUUGGAGCUAAUUUGCAAGUACAGCAAUUGGUUGUAGUGUGCAAGACAAUAGAGUCAGCAACAUUUCAACAUUUUUGUUAACUUUUUGCUUGAACUGAAAAAAUAUUCCUGCUGACUAGAGUGGACAAGAUUGUCUUAAGUAUGAGAUUUGGGAAUGGUAGCACCUGAGAGGAUCAGUUUCCUUUUGAAAUUUUUCAAAUGCCCAUAAACCGUGCAAAAAGAGUCUUUGGGUUUUAGGCUAAAGAGGAAUGCCCAAAGGAAAAAGAAAAGCAUGUUUCUAGACUUAAAGCUGCAACCAAAUCUCUUCAGGUAAGGUUACCUUGUCACAAAGUUACUCUUGGAUGCAUUAGGCGAUGUUUGGUAGUAGCUUUAUCUGAGGAACGCGCCCCUAAAACUUUUAAGAUAAAAUUAUUUGCAAUGAAUAUCCUAUGGUAGAAUAACUGAGAAUUUGUAAUAUGAAUGUGAUAUGUUUAGUCAUGAAGUCCUACUCUGUGAAAAAAACCACCCUGUCAGUACUGAGCUGUUUUAGCAAAACCUAUAGGUAGGAAUGAAGAGAAUAAACUUACAGAAGCAUUUUGGAAUAUUUAAAAAAAUAAUUUGUAUUGAUGUUUUGGAGAUUUUAAAGUAGGUCUAGAAGUUAUUUCCAAGUUAUUAUAUUGUGAAACUUGAAAUUUUUGCUAGGUAAUGAGCAAGGUUUUCAGUCACAAAAGCACAAACCCUAAGUAUUUCAGUAAACUUUUUAAAAAUAUUUUUCUGGUAGGACUUUUUCUUGGAAAAUAUUCAUGGACUUUUUUUUUAUCUGUUUUCAUAACUUUUAACCUUGUAAUUUAGCAAAGAGCAAAUUUAGGAGAAAGCUCGGUUGUGUCAUUUCUUGAAUUACUAUGGCUGGCUGUCAUUUCCACUGCUGAGCCUCUUGUGCUACUUUACUGUUCUGUGAGUUGUCUGUAAAUUGUUGGUGAAUGAGGGAGUCAGGGCACCACUGUCAGGCCUUGUUCGUAAUUCACUUUGUAUCCAGAUCAAGUAACAACAUCUGUAUCAAUAUAUCUGUUAUCUGUUAAUAAACCUUAAUUUAAAUACAAAUACUUACCUUACUGUCCUUUUUCCCCUCAAUACUUCAGUGAAUCAUCUUGCAUGCUCCCUGAUUACUCAGAUUUGGAGACCUGUAACACUGUAUUUUCUUGUCAAUGUCACAAAAUAUCUUAUAUGUAAAAUAAUAAUAAAAAGGAAUUACUUGAGUUCACCGUUCAGAGGGAUUGUUCCAUGGUGCGUGUCUCAUGUGCAUGUGCUGAAGGGGCACUUGGUGGAACUCAUUUUUCCUGUCUGAAGGACAAGAGACAAUACAGAG